AUGGCUUCGUUCCCUGAGACCGACUUCCAGAUCUGCCUGCUGUGUAAGGAGAUGUGCGGCUCGCCGGCGCCGCUCUCCUCCAACUCGUCCGCGUCGUCGUCGUCCUCGCAGACGUCCACGUCGUCGGGCGGGGGCGGCGGGGGCCCCGGAGCCGCGGCGCGCCGCCUGCACGUUCUGCCCUGCCUGCACGCCUUCUGCCGCCCGUGCCUCGAGGCGCACCGGCUGCCAGCGGCGGGCGGUAGCGCGCCGGGAGAGCCACUCAAACUGCGCUGCCCGGUGUGCGACCAGAAAGUGGUGCUGGCCGAGGCGGCGGGCAUGGACGCGCUGCCCUCGUCUGCCUUCCUGCUCAGCAACCUGCUCGACGCCGUGGUGGCCACGGCCGACGAGCCGCCGCCUAAGAACGGGCGUGCCGGCGCCCCUGCGGGUGCGGGCGGCCACAGCAACCAUCGCCACCCCGCGCACCCGCGAGCGGCCGCCUCAGCGCCGCCGCCACUCCCGCAGGCGCCGCCGCCUCCCGCGCCCUCCCGCUCCGCGCCCGGAGCCCCGGCGGCAUCUCCGUCGGCGCUGCUGUUGCGCCGGCCUCAUGGCUGCAGCUCCUGCGACGAGGGCAACGCGGCUUCGUCGCGCUGCCUCGAUUGCCAGGAGCACCUGUGCGACAACUGUGUCCGCGCGCAUCAGCGCGUGCGCCUCACCAAAGACCACUACAUCGAGCGUGGCCCUUCGGGCCCCGCCGCCGCCGCCGCCGCGGCGCAGCAGCUCGGACUCGGGCAGCCCUUCGCCGGCGCGCCCUUCUCCAUUCUCUCGGUGUUCCCCGAGCGCCUCGGCUUCUGCCAGCACCACGACGACGAGGUGCUGCACCUGUACUGUGACACUUGCUCAGUGCCCAUCUGUCGUGAGUGUACAGUGGGCAGGCAUGGGGGCCACAGCUUCAUCUACCUCCAGGAGGCGCUGCAGGACUCACGGGCCCUCACCAUCCAGCUGCUGGCUGACGCCCAGCAGGGCCGCCAGGCAAUCCAGCUGAGCAUCGAGCAAGCCCAGACGGUGGCAGAACAGGUGGAGAUGAAGGCAAAGGUCGUGCAGUCGGAGGUCAAAGCCGUGACCGCAAGGCACAAGAAGGCCCUUGAGGAGCGCGAGUGUGAGCUGCUGUGGAAGGUGGAGAAGAUCCGCCAGGUGAAGGCCAAGUCACUGUACCUGCAGGUGGAGAAGCUGCGGCAGAACCUCAACAAGCUGGAGAGCACCGUCAGUGCGGUGCAGCAGGUCCUGGAGGAGGGGAGGGCACUGGAUGUCCUGCUGGCCCGGGACCGCAUGCUGGCCCAGGUGCAGGAGCUGAAGUCGGUACGCAGCCUCCUGCAGCCCCAGGAGGAUGACAGGGUCACGUUCACGCCCCCAGACCAGGCACUCUACCUUGCCAUCAAGUCUUUUGGCUUCGUCAGCAGUGGGGCCUUCGCUCCGCUCACCAAAGCCACAGGGGACGGCCUUAAGCGGGCCCUCCAGGGGAAGGUGGCCUCCUUCACUGUCAUCGGCUAUGACCACGAUGGGGAGCCUCGCCUCUCAGGAGGGGACCUGAUGUCAGUGGUGGUCCUGGGCCCCGAUGGCAACCUGUUCGGAGCAGAGGUGAGUGACCAGCAGAAUGGGACCUACGUGGUGAGCUACCGGCCCCAGCUGGAGGGCGAGCACCUCGUGUCGGUCACCAUGUGCAACCAGCACAUCGAAAACAGCCCCUUCAAGGUACUGGUCAAGUCAGGCCGCAGCUACGCAGGCAUCGGGCUGCCGGGUCUGAGCUUUGGCAGUGAGGGCGACAGUGAUGGCAAGCUUUGCCGGCCCUGGGGGGUGAGUGUGGACAAGGAGGGCUACAUCGUGGUGGCCGACCGCAGCAAUAACCGCAUCCAGGUGUUCCAGCCCUGCGGCACCUUCCAUCACAAAUUUGGCAGCCUGGGCUCCCGGCCUGGCCAGUUCGACCGGCCUGCUGGAGUGGCCUGCGACACAGCCCGCAGGAUUGUGGUGGCUGACAAGGACAAUCAUCGCAUCCAGAUCUUCACCUUCGAGGGCCAGUUCCUCCUCAAGUUUGGUGAAAAGGGAACCAAGAACGGGCAGUUCAACUACCCUUGGGAUGUGGCAGUGAAUUCGGAGGGCAAGAUCCUGGUCUCUGACACUCGGAACCACCGGAUCCAGCUUUUCGGGCCUGAUGGAGUCUUCCUGAAUAAGUAUGGCUUCGAGGGGGCUCUCUGGAAGCACUUUGACUCCCCACGGGGGGUGGCCUUCAACCACGAGGGCCAGUUGGUGGUCACCGACUUCAACAACCACCGGCUCCUGGUCAUUCACCCCGACUGCCAGUCGGCCCGCUUCCUGGGCUCGGAGGGCACGAGCGCUGGCCAGUUCCUGCGUCCCCAGGGAGUGGCCGUGGACCAGGAGGGCCGCAUCAUCGUGGCCGACUCCAGGAACCACCGGGUACAGAUGUUCGAGUCCAACGGCAGCUUCCUGUGCAAGUUUGGGACUCAAGGCAGUGGCUUUGGGCAGAUGGACCGCCCUUCGGGCAUCGCCGUCACUCCCGAAGGGAUGAUCGUGGUGGUGGACUUCGGUAACAACCGCAUCCUCAUCUUCUGAUCGCUUGGUCUAGGCUUCGUGUUGGGGGUGUGCCUGUGUACGUCUCUCUCUCCCUCUCUCUCCUUUAGAAUUUCAAAGAAGAAACAGUCUCAGGGAAAUUUCUUUUUUUCUUUUUGUUUAAAGAGAACAAGAAAAGUACAACAUUGCUUAAGUCCUACCUCAUCUUUAUUUUUUUACAGAUGAAUGUACUUAUCUUUUCUGCAGGGAUUGAGCCUGUGAAGUGAUACUUUCUAUCUACCUCAUAAAUCUUUACAUUUCCUUCUCCAGCAGGCCCUCUGCCCUCCUCCCCCCUGGCUUCAUGGAGCUCCCCCCCACUCCCCCUCCCCGGGGCCUGAUACGCACAAGCCUCGCAGGGCACUGGAUGUGUGUGGUGGGUGUAUUCUGUAGGUUGAGCCAAGGAAACACGAAAAAAACUACUAAGUAAAAAACAAAAAACUAUAAAACGUGGGAAAUAGGAUUUAAAAUGCUUAAUUAUAGAGUAUUUGUGUUCUUGAGAAUACUGUGUUUAUGGGGUUAGAUUGUGUUGUGUGAUCUCAAUCUUUUUGGGAAAUUCUUUUUUUUUUCUUUUAAUGCUGCAACAGAGAACUUUCUUGUGUUCUCCUUUUAUACCUCAGUGUUUGUUAUCCUCUUCAGCAUCUUUUCUUAUUCCUAGAAGAUGUGGCUGUGGCUUGCUAGCCAGGAAAAGCAGACCAUUCAAGUUUUAGGGUAUGUAAUUUUUCUUUUAAGGGAGGGUGUGUGUGCGUGUGCUUACACCAGAAUCAUAAAGCUGAAAAUGACACACCACCUCCCAAAAAACCUUGUUCUCACACUUUGGUUUCUAAAAACUAGAUGUAGUUCAGGAUUUUUGAGUAAAAGUAUUCUCAGAAGUUAAGUAUUCUUAGUUUGUGGGUGGUUAUAAAGAGUUAAGUGGAAGGAAGAAGAAAAUCAACUUCAUUCUCAGAAAGGGUGUUCAGAUGCAGACUGGCACGUGGAUGUUGUGUGGGCCUGCACGGGCCGAGGUAGUCAGCAGAGAGUAUGAGAAAGAAGCAGGGUACCCCCAAACUGCGGGAGGUGGGGGUCCAUCUCCAACCUUAGGUUGAAUGUUGUGGAUGCCAGGUAUUUCUUUUCCUACGAAGAGUAGGCAAAAAGUGAACUUCUAUUUUAAAAGCACAAUUUUUUCCUGCUUUGGAAGUUCAGGGAAAUAGGCUAUUUGAAAGUCAAAUUAAUAGAAACAGCCCCAGCUCGUGUUAACCUUGACACAGGGGUUACCUUGAUAGUAUGGUUUGCUGCCAGGCCAUGCUGUAGGACCUCAUGGUUGACAUGAAUUUUUCCCCAAAGGACUUUGAAUGUAAAGGAUUUGUAAACCAAAUUGUCCCAGCCUGAAAUGUAGAACAUGUCUUUUGUUAAACCUAUAUACCUCAGUACCAAAGAAUGAAAAUUUAAGCCAGGCUCCCACUGCAGACUUGGGGGGGGUGGCAUCUGUCACUUUUACAGAGUCGGUGUGUAGAAGUUGGCUGGACUUCGGUACAAAAUCUUGUGCUUCUGAGCAUUCUGUCUCCCGAGCGGAAAGUCAGUAUAGCUGAAUCCUGCUUGUCAGAGCCCAUAUGCGUCCCUGCAUUCCCCCAAACACUGACCUAGGAACCCAGUUCAAGAGAGAGCACCUCGGGAGGGCGAGGUGCUUGCAGCGAGACCUUGUGUUUAAACAGAAAGACUUAACAAGUCAGUUUCUGUUGCUGUAUUGAAGAGGAUUUCCUCUUGCAAUGUGGAUGUAGUUUUAAAUGAACAGAAUAGACUAACAAAUGGAGCAAUCUGCUUCAGUCAUCCCAAAAGAAAAGGUUGAUGAUGGGGGCAGUAUUGCAAGUCAAUCAAAUUGCUUUUCCCAUCCAGCUUUUUUGGACACUUACUUCGUUGACCACUUAGGUACCUUUCUCUUUCCAUUGCUUUAGUUUUAGGGUUUCUGAGUGAUUAAAAUGGGCCAAAACUUCGUAAAGGAGAACAACAUGCAAUAAAAGAUCCAAAAUUGGAAAAGCAGCUUCAAACUGGUGCCUCCUGGCAGGUGGGGAGGCAUCAGGAAAUCUUGUUCUGUCAAAGCGCCUUUUCUUGAAGAAUUUAAUAGUGAACCCUUCCCCAGUCCUACUCAGUUGCUGUUUAUAAUUUUGCCUCCUAAGUUCUAAGCUCUUUACCAAAGAGCUUAUAUAAUUGAACAUUUUUAUGAUUUUUGCAUUUUGGAAUAACUUGGUGCUACUCUUCCCUCGCUCCCCAGCCACCCAACAAAUUGCCCUUUAAAUGCCAAAGACAACUGGUUUUAAAUGCCUAAAAAAUACUUUUGUUGGGGAAAUGGAUCUUUAAGGUUUCUUAAAAAUAUUUCUCAGAAACCUAGGUUGCGAUUGUAUGGCUGGGGAGUCGUUCAGGCAGUCAUCACCUUGGUUCCUGCUGCGUUUUCCUGUCAUCUUCACGAUUCCUUCCCAGUUUGCUCCCGAGUGGGGACAUCUUGGGACUUGAGUGAGAAAUAUUCUUGGUGAACAGCAGUAACUAAAGCUGCUUAUUUAACAUUUGUCUGUAGAUGUGGCUGUAAAGCCAGGGUGUCCACACAUGGCUGAACCAAUCAGGUCUUAACUGAUAGACUGACGAAUUUGCAGGCUUAAAGCUAGUGGUCCUUGCCUGAGACAAAUGUAUAGGUGGGUGAUUCUGCCUCUUUACCCUCAGUGGUACACCUCUUUACCAUUCUGCACCCAAACUUGGGUAUCACUGCCAUUUAAGAAAUAUGGUCUCACUGGGGAAGCUUUUGUUUUUAAUAACUAGCCACAUGUGGUUACCCAUGAUGGACUUCUGACUCACAGGGAGGGACUGGUGCAAAGCACUUUGGAGUUUAUCGUACAGUGUGGGAUGAUCCAAAUCAAAGAAAGCCAACACUUGGAACUCCCUAGUGUGAGUGAGACUGUUAGAAGUUGAAACGAUGCCAGUGUAGGAAGGAAUUGGGUCAGAGCGGGAGUCUUGAACAGUGAGAGGAGAAGGUCCUGGGUGCUGCAAAAGGAGGAUAAAAUGUUUUGUUGUGUAAAUGUGUUGUUGAGACAGUAACGCCAUGGAUGUCUGAUCUGGUCAGUUGGCAGGUGGAGUGGGGUGGGUGCAGGUUGGUUUAUGCCGGGAGAUGCCAACUGGACUUGGGUAUAUACAUUUGGGUAUUGAGAUGGCUGAAGGAAAUGUACAGAACCCACAGAUUAGCAACAAACCACUUUGGUUGACACUGACUUAACAUUUCAAAAGUGUUAAUCUUUAAAAAAAAAACCAAACAUCUCCUCUGUAAAUGUGGUCACGAGAAGCAAUGCUGUAUCAGAGACCUGCGCUGUGUUGUGCUGGCUGGUGGCCUGAGAGCUGGCUGGAGCCCAGGGGCCUGGGCAGUACCCCAAGUGCACUAACUCUUUGAUGGAUGCCCUUUUAAGUCUAACUUAUUUGGGGAAACACAUACAAGGGUACCAUAAACAGAAUCUAAACUACAUGUUGGGCCAAAAAAGUUGCCAGGCUUAAGGCACUUUGUGAUGGAGUUGGAAGAGAAUAACUUGAGAUUGGCUCAUUCUGUUUUAUUCUAGUUAAGCCAAAGCUUAAUGGUUUGAGGCAGGAAGUCUUUUAGGCUUGAAGCAGCAGAAUACUGUCUGUAUUAAGUGUUAUCUUCCUCUGUGGAAGAUUCUAAGAUUGCUGUGUUCUGGUAGAUAGUGAAAGAUAUGCCAAAGUUAAUAGGCUUGUUUUUCUGUUUUUUUUUUUUUUUUUUCUAAAUCCAAUGGUGCCAAAAAGUAUUUAGGGUAUUUAUUUAAAACAUCACUCUGAAUGAGUUUCCAGCAGUCUGGGGCUGUAUAUAAGUCCAACUCUCGGACUUGUGUGUGAUACCGCGGAGCCAGGACCUCCGUAGUCUCUUUGGCUUCUCUGGCUUCCUGCAGGCCAGGGGCACAGGAUGCACACACCACUCCACACUACACCACACCGUUGGUUUUUGUUCGAUUUCUACCUCAAUUUUGGCAAAAGUCAUCUACCUCGUGUUAGCAUCUGACGGGUCUCUGAAAAGAAUAACGUUCAUCUGCCGGGGAGUGGGUGGGAGGGGGAGGUACCUCUAGGAAGGAGAAGAUGCCUUCAUAAAACUAGAAUUUAUUUUUCCCAGGAGAAACAUUUUUGAUUGACCUUGAAAAAGAAACUUUGACACCAAAUAUUCUACACUCAGACAAAUAUAGUCAUAAAUCCAAUUAUUUCUUAACCAAUCAGGGCUUUUCCCCCCUCACUAGGAAUUUUGGGCAUCACAACCAUGUUCAGUAUUAUGAAACUGCUGGUUCAUCUGACCUAUUUGAGAACUUAAAUAAAGACCUUUAGGUCUCUUUUUCUCUUCAAGAGAAAAAUAUUUUAUCUGUUUUUUGAAUAUCUGCAAAUACACCCUAUUAGGAGCAAUUCUAAGGGUCUAGUUGUUGGAAACACCAAGUAUUUGAAGGGAAUGAGAAUCCUGUAGGCUUUGGGAUUGUAUCGGACCUCUUCUGGACCCAGCAGGACGUCCAUCACUGUGGCAUCGCAGCAGUCACUGUUUUACUGAGCAGGGACUGGUGAAGUUUAUGUUGCUCUUUUGUGUUUGAUUUUUUUCUACCAAAGGUGACAUAUUGACAGGUCGUUGUUUUCCUUUGCUUUUUAAUUAAAUACUUGAUAUCGUUGAAAAGCACAUUACCAUGAUAUACUGUAUUGCCUCUCCAACUCUCCUAUUCCUCUAGUUCAUUUUUGUUCAGGUUGGAAGGGAGGGCCCUAAGACCACUGUUAAACUAUUGUGAAUUGGGUUUAAAAUGGCGUGGUGAAGAAAUACCUCAAUGAUGUCUAUUUUUAAAACUGAUCUUACGGGUUAACAAGCCAACCUGGUGGGAUGUUUUCCAUCAUCAUUUAACCAGUAAUGGUUCUAAAAGUUUGUGUAUCCACAUGGUCUUAGACCUCUUUUAAUGAUUGUAUUAACUUACAAGCUCAGGUAGUAUUGUUCUUAAGGCUCUAUCUCAGAGCACACUGACUGAAUGUUAACGUGUGUAGCAAAGAGUUUACUUUCUUUAAAUCGCCAGCUCUGUAAUAGUUCUGUGUGUUUCUAGCAGUCUGUGUAAGUCUUUCUUCAGAGGAAGAUUUUUCACAUUUCUGGGGUGAUCUUGUUUUAGGGUGGUGUGAGGUCUCUUUCUCUUCCCUAAAAUCAAUGCAGGUGAGAAGGGUGGGGUGGGUAAGUAAAGGGUGUUGUUUUAACUAGCAUGUUAGGUAUACUUGGGUGGGUUGGAGGGUUGUUAGCAUUUUUUUUUUUUUUAUGAAUCUUGCUUAAUGCUGUCCAUUAGCUGUCAUGCCCGGGUCAGCAAAAAUUCUUUUGAGUGUAGAACACAUGGUUUGAUUGAGGUUUGGGUUUUUUUCUGUUAUUGUUUUUUUGUGAGAAAGGUAAAUGCAGAAUUGGAGAAAUUAACGUGGGUGUAUGGCCUGAUGUUACAUAACUAAGUUAAACCUUUUAUGGUUUUUUUUUUUUUUUUUUUUCUUGUCCAAGGCAGGCAAGAUGAAAGGAAUUAUUUGUACCACCGGAAUAGCUCCCUGGGCCACAGAAACCAUCCUGGAAGCCCAUCUGGGGUGCUGACUGCCUCUUUGACACUUUGUAAAAAUGGGCAUCACCGUGGUGGUACACAUGCCAUCACCUAAGUAGAAGGGGGAAACAAAGGUUUUCCCCCAAACCUUUAAAGGGGGUUUCUGUUUGGGGUGGGGUUUUUUUUUCUCCCCUCUGGAUUUUUGCUUUUAAAUGGUAUACUGCAGGCCAUAGGCAUGACAGGCAAUGAGCAGGUGAAGAAACAAUGGAAAAGUGUUCAAAAACCCCUGUGUUAGCUAACAUGUUUCUGAAUGUAUCGCUGUGGUCCACAGAGAAGGCUGGAGAAGGUAGCAAGGAGAUGCUGUAUCAGCUACUGCAGCCUUAAAACAAAGUUGGUGUCUCUUUGGACUUUAAAAUUGUUCCUAUGCAGCUUAUUUUAUUUUUGUUUAAUCAAAUAAACGAGGGUUUUUCC